AUGUUCUUCUCCAACAUCAUAUGCUAUCAACAAGGGAUCGCGUUCGCAUCAGCUGUGCAGACGCUACGCGCCAGCCUGCACGAGGACUCCAAGGUUCGACUUUCCAUGCUAGAUCUAGUCGAAAAGUUUCGCGAACAGUCUGCCACGUUUGGUCCAGAUAAGAUAUACAGCUUGAUGGGCUUGUUGCAGGCUGGACAACCUUCGCUUCUGGAUGCAGACUACACCAUAACCCCUGAGAAAGUUUUCAUGCAAUUCACUGUCUCUUGUCUCCGCUAUUACGGAAACCUACGAGUACUAGGAUUAGCGGCUGGUGCCGAACUGAGGAGCGCAAGUUGGUGUCGCAACUACAGCCUGAAUAUCGCUGGGGUGGAAGAAAGCCGGCCGCUCCAUGGACUACCUGGAAGACCGAGACCUUACUGUGCCUCAGGAAAUUCAUCCCUGCGAUAUCAUUUCAGCCUUGAAUACGGCGUCUUGUCUCUUCUCAGCUUGGGUAUGGACGAAAUAGUGGAAGUAGCCGGAGUUUACAGACCUGGAGCUACUUUGGACACGGCAAAGUGGUCGAAUUUUGUUGACGAGGCAGCUCCGGAGCGAAAAAUAGCUUUCACCUGCACAGUUGCUGCAGACUGUCUGACCAAGCCCGGGAAGAAAUAUAGCCCGUUAGAAGAAGCCGCAUGGAUUGAGCGAUACAGCCAAGCUGUUAACAAUGCCUGUGUAAACCGGCAACUCUUUGUCACACGCUCAGGGAAACUCGGCAUUGGGCCCUGGAACCUCAAGCGAGGUGAUAACAUAGCCAUAUUGGUGGGCGGAAAGACACCUUUUGUCCUGCGCAGAUGCAGUCUGGGAGAGAAGCGUAGAUACAUCAGUGAGUUUGGCAUUCCAGGAGAUGCUUACAAGCUUGUUGGUGAAGCUCAUGUUAAUGGUAUGAUGUAUUACGAAGGGAACGCGGAAGAACGCAUUAAGAGUGGGGAGGUGAGGGUGGUGCCCGUACACCUGUUGUGA